GAUCCCGGCAGUGUUCAGACUAUGAGAAGCCCGGGGUAGCCUCUGACGGUUCACCUGCCCAGCAGCGAGUGUGAGGGGCUGCAGCGAGAGCCUGCCGGAGGAAGGAACCCCCGCCCGUCACCGGCCAGCCGAGGAAACAUGGCGUUUGUGAGCAAUGGACUAGCGGGCGAGGCGGCUGAGGAAAGCUUUGAAGAUGCAUAUGAAAAUAUCCCAGUGGCGUCCAAGAUGGACCUUCGAAGUGCCCUAGAGGAAUGCACUCUGGCUCUCAAUUUAUUUUUAAACAACAAAUUUUCAGAAGCUCUCGAGUUAUUGCGUCCAUGGGCUAAAGACAGCAUCUAUCAUGCUCUUGGCUACAGCACCAUCUUGGUUAUGCAGGCAGCGAUGACAUUUGAGCCUCAGGACAUUCAGAUGGGAAUUGCUACAAUGAAAGAAGCUUUACAGACAUGUCAGAGGUUCAGAAAGAGAAAUUCUGUGGUGGAAUCUUUGUCUAAUUUAGUGUCCAAACACACAGGGGACCAGUUGUCUGAAGAGGAGAUGCAUGCUGAGAUCUGCUAUGCCGAGUGCCUCCUGCAGAAGGCAGCUUUGACAUUUGUGCAGGAUGAAAACAUGAUCAACUUUAUCAAAGGUGGACUCAAAAUCAGGACAAGUUAUCAAAUCUAUAAGGAAUGCCAUCAAGUCCUUUCAGCAAUGACCCAAAACAAGAACUCAAGUGAAACCCAACAUCAGUUUGAAGGUGGUGUUAAACUAGGCAUAGGGGCCUUUAAUUUGAUGCUUUCUCUCUUACCUUCAAGGAUUCUCAGGUUGCUGGAAUUCAUUGGUUUUUCUGGAAACAGGGCCCUGGGCCUUUUCCAGCUGAGAGAAGGAGCAUCUGGGACCAGUCUAAGAGCCAUCCUGUGUGCCCUCACACUCCUGUUCUAUCAUACCUAUGUCUCAUUAAUACUUGGUACUGGAGAAGGUAAUCUUGAAGAAGCAGAAGCGCUCAUUGAACCCUACCUCAAGAAAUUCCCAAAUGGCUGUUUAAUUAUCUUCUAUGCGGCUCGGAUAGAUGUACUCAAAGGAAAUUUUGAACAGGCACAAGCGUCCUUCCAGCAGUGCAUUGCCGCCCAGCAGGAAUGGAGGCAGAUUCACCACCUCUGUUACUGGGAGCUGAUGUGGUGCCAUUCCUUCCAGCAAGACUGGCUAAAAGCAUACCACUAUGCUGACCUGCUGUGCAAGGAAAGCAAGUGGUCCAAGGCAAUCUACAUGUAUCAAAAAGCUGCAAUCUUGAGCAUGCUUCCAGAGGAGGCUGUGCAGUCCACAGGAGAAGAUCUAGUGGCCUUGUUCAGACAAGUUGAAGGUUUAAAACAAAGAAUUGCUGGGAAGUCGAUACCAACGGAGAAAUUUGCUGUUCGAAAGUCUCGAAGAUAUUCAGCUGCUAACCCAGUCAAACUGACCCUGCCAGCCUUGGAAAUGGUGUAUGUAUGGAAUGGCUUCACGAUAGUGGGGAAACGAUCUGAUCUCACAGAAAGUCUUCUGGUUACUAUUGAAAAAGCCGAACAUGAUUUGCAGAAUGAAAAAAAUCCAACUGAAUACUUUGGAGAUGAUCAGUGCCUUGUCCAGUUACUGAAAGGCCUUUGCUUAAAACAUCUGGGUAGAUUAUUACAGGCUGAACUGUGUUUCAACCAAGUGAUACAGAGUGAAAAGAGGCUAAAGUAUGACCACUAUUUGCUACCGUUUACUUAUUAUGAACUGGGACUUUUGUAUAAAGAGCAAGGAGACAAAGAUAAAGCCAUACGUUUCAUUGAAACUGCAAAAAAUAACUAUAAAGAUUAUUCCAUGGAAUCCAGACUGCAUUUCCGAAUCCACGCAGCUCUCUGCAGCCUUAAAGGCACCCCACCAGCAACCCCUCCAUGAUUAAGUGUCCAGGCUUUACAGUACUUUUGUAAAUGAGCAAUUCAGCUGAGAGAAUGUACCAAGAAAAUAAUUUUGUUGGCGCCUUGGCAGUUAAGCUGGCUGAAUUGUACAUUGAAUGACUGACUGUUAUCUUGCGUGAUUUUGACCUACUGUCCAAUGUAGCUCUUAUUUUCUAUGGUAAUAUAUUGGCAUAUUCUGCAUCCUUUAAAGGAAAAUACAGGAAAAGAUGAUAUAUAUUUUAUUUGCUGAAGGAAAUAAAUUAUGUCUGUAUGUACUUAAAGACUAUUUCUAGUGCAGUAAAGUAGAAUACAAAUA